AGAGGUUUGGAGAGAUUUGAGUCGGUAUGUCUGGUCGCGGCAAGGGCGGGAAGGGCCUGGGCAAGGGGGGCGCUAAGCGCCACCGCAAGGUGCUGCGCGACAACAUCCAGGGCAUCACCAAGCCCGCCAUCCGGCGGCUGGCCCGGCGCGGCGGCGUCAAGCGCAUCUCCGGCCUCAUCUACGAGGAGACCCGCGGGGUGCUCAAGGUGUUCCUGGAGAACGUGAUCCGCGACGCCGUCACCUACACGGAGCACGCCAAGCGCAAGACGGUCACGGCCAUGGACGUGGUCUACGCGCUCAAGCGCCAGGGCCGCACCCUCUACGGCUUCGGGGGCUGAGCAUUUUCGUCUCUGCUUCGGAACUUUUUUUUCUCACCCAAAGGCCCUUUUCAGGGCCACCCAUUUAGUCGCCAGAAAGAGUUGUUCAUUUCAUGGCAUAUAAUUAUUUAAUGGCAGUUCUUUUGCGAUUUCUCGGUCAUAUUGAUAGAGCUUCCUACUGUGUUUCUGCGUUUGUUCCU